AUGGUCCCUCCACUGCGCACCGUGAUCCUACUGCUCCUGCUGCUCGGUGUCCCUGCCGCGCCCCUCGAGCCCCUAAGGGCCCUUCGACACUCGGAUGGCACUUUCACCAGUGAAUUGAGCCGUCUCCGGGAGGGUGCGAGGCUGCAGCGUCUGCUCCAGGGCCUGGUCGGGAAGCGCAGGAGAGGAGCCCAGCUCUGUGAGAGGCCACUGGGCUCCAGAGCUGGCUGCCAGGCAGCUGUGUGGACCACCCUGAGCCUGGCCCCUGCCAGUGACCUCAUCCUGAACCAGCCCCUGCCAGGGACCCCCAUCCUGUCCCAGCCCCUGCCAGUGACCUCAUCCUGA